CUCUUUCCCAUCAUCUUCACGAACAGCACGCACAAUGACUGAGACGUCGAACAUGGGCAAGAUGGACGUCGAUGAGGCAGCGAUUGAUGAGGGCCUUUACUCGCGCCAGCUUUAUGUGCUGGGCCACGAAGGCAAGCUUGCGAUGAAGCGAAUGGCAGCGUCGAACGUGCUCAUCGUGGGCAUGAACGGCUUGGGCGUCGAGAUUGCCAAGAACGUCAUUCUCGCCGGUGUCAAGUCCGUCACCAUCUUCGACCCCGAGCCAGUGACGGUGCAGGAUCUGGGCUCGCAGUUCUUCCUGCGCCAAGAGGACAUCGGGCGCCCGCGUGCGGAGGCGACACACCCGCGUCUGUCGGAGCUCAACGCAUAUGUGCCCGUGCGCAACUUGGGAGGGAACGCUGGCCAGCCGAUCACGGUCGACCUCAUCCAGGGCUUCCAGGUCGUCGUGCUUUGUGGUGUGCCCAUCAGCAAGCAGCUCGAGAUCAACGAUUGGACGCGUAACAAUGGUGUGCACUUCAUCGCUGCUGAGACGCGCGGUCUCUUUGGAUCGGCAUUCAAUGACUUCGGCGCGAAGUUCACCUGCGUUGAUCCCACUGGCGAGCAGCCUCUAACAGGGAUGAUCGCUUCCGUGGACAAGGACAAGGAGGGUAUUGUGACUUGCCUCGAGGAAACGCGACAUGGCUUGCAAGACGGCGACUUCGUUACGUUCUCCGAAGUGCAGGGCAUGACCGAGCUCAACGGUUGCGAGCCUCGCAAGGUCACUGUUAAGGGGCCCUACACCUUCUCUAUUGGCGACACUAGCAACUUGUCGGAGUACGUUCGUGGUGGUAUCUUCACACAGGUCAAGAUGCCGAAGAUCAUCGAAUUCAAAUCCCUGCGCGAGUCAUUGAAGUCCCCCGAGUUCUUCUUCACCGACUUCGCCAAGUUCGACCGCCCUCCCAUUCUUCAUGCCGGUUUCCAGGCUCUCUCUGCCUUCCGCGACCAGCACAACCGUCUGCCGCGCCCUCGCAACCCCGAGGAUGCCCAGGCUGUUGUCGCUCUUGCCAAGAAGAUUGACCCUGAGGCGGACGAGAAGAUCAUCAGCGAGUUGGCGUACGAGGCCGUCGGCGACCUCUCGCCCUUGAACGCCGUCAUUGGUGGUUUCGUCGCUCAGGAGGUCCUGAAGGCCUGCUCUGCCAAGUUCCACCCGAUGGUGCAGCACAUGUACUUCGACUCACUCGAGUCCCUGCCGGACCAGAUGCCAACCGAGGCUGACUGCCAGCCCCUCGGCACCCGCUACGACGGUCAGAUUGGCGUCUUCGGCAAGGCCUUCCAGGACAAGAUUGCCAACCACCGCCAGUUCCUCGUCGGCUCUGGUGCCAUUGGAUGCGAGAUGCUGAAGAAUUGGAGCAUGCUGGGACUUGCGUCGGGUCCGAAGGGCAUCAUCCAUGUCACGGACUUGGAUACGAUCGAGAAGAGCAACCUGAACCGACAGUUCUUGUUCAGGCCGAAGGACUUGGGCAAGUUCAAAGCGGAGGUUGCGGCUGAAGCGGUCUCGGAUAUGAACCCUGACUUGAAGGGCAAAAUCCUGUCCAAACAGGAGCCGGUGGGCCCGACGACAGAGGAGAUCUACGACGAGGACUUCUUUGCGAACAUCGACGGCGUUACGAACGCUCUGGACAAUGUCAAGGCUCGUCUAUACAUGGACCAGCGUUGUGUCUUCUACCGGAAGCCCCUUCUGGAGUCCGGAACCCUCGGGACCAAGGGCAACACCCAGGUCGUUAUCCCUGACCUCACGGAGUCCUAUGCGUCCUCCCAGGACCCGCCAGAGAAGGAGACGCCGACUUGCACGGUCAAGAACUUCCCGAACGCCAUCAAUCAUACAAUUGAGUGGAGUCGCUCCCUCUUCGACGACUUCUUCGUCAAGCCGCCCCAAGCUGUCAACUCCUACCUGUCUGAGCCGAACUAUCUCGAGAGCACCCUCAAGUACUCCGGCCAGCAGAAGGAGCAGGUCGAGCAGCUCUUGUCGUACCUCGUGACGAACAAGCCUCUCACCUUCGAAGAGUGCAUCGUCUGGGCGCGCCUGCAGUUCGAGGAGAAGUUUGCAAACGAGAUCAAGCAACUCUUGUACAGCUUGCCGAAGGACGCCGUGACGAGCUCUGGGCAGCCCUUCUGGAGUGGUCCCAAGCGAGCGCCGGACCCUCUGGUGUUCGACGCGACCAACCCUCUUCACAUGGAGUUCAUCAUCUCCGCGGCUAACCUUCACGCAUACAACUACGGCCUGCGUGGCGAGACUGACCCCAACCUCUUCCGCAAGGUGGCGGAGUCCGUCAUUGUCCCGGAGUUCACGCCCAAGAGCGGUGUAAAGGUCCAGGUCAGCGAGAACGAGCCGCCUCCGCAAGCAGAGGGUGGUGCAGCCGAUCCCGACUCGCUGUCCGAGCUCACCCAGCAACUGCCGCCGCCCUCGUCGCUCGCUGGCUACCGCCUGUCGCCCGUCGAGUUCGAGAAGGAUGAUGACACCAACCACCACAUCGACUUCAUCACGGCGGCGUCCAACCUUCGUGCCACCAACUACAGCAUCCAGCCCGCUGAUCGCCAUACCACGAAGCAAAUUGCGGGCAAGAUUAUCCCUGCCAUCGCGACCACGACAUCGCUCGUGACGGGCUUGGUCUGCUUGGAGCUGUACAAGAUCAUUGAUGGCAAGCGGAAGCUCGAGGCGUACAAGAACGGUUUCGUCAACCUCGCCUUGCCCUUCUUCGGCUUCUCUGAGCCCAUCGCGGCGCCGAAGAAGAAGUACGGCAACACUGAGUGGACGCUUUGGGACCGCUUUGAGUUCCAGAACCCGACGCUCAAGGAGAUGAUCGACUGGUUCCAGAAGGAGCACAACCUCGAGAUCUCCAUGGUCAGCCAGGGUGUGAGCAUGUUGUGGAGCUCGUUCGUGGGCAAGAAGAAGAGCGAAGAGCGUCUCCCGAUGCAAUUCAGCAAGCUGGUCGAGCAUGUGAGCAAGAAGCCUUUGCCGCCGCAUACUAAGACGCUCGUCGUCGAGGUCAUGGCUUCUGAUGAGGAGGGCGAGGAUGUCGAGGUUCCGUUCAUUGUUGUCCGAAUCUAAGGACGAUGUACAACUGCGAAUGUGUGUAUAACGAAGUGUUCUAUCAUAGACAAUGUAUCACGAAUGCGACUGGCAUACUUUGCCUUUUUGAACUUCCA